AUGGCGGUGCGCACUAUACCCUGGAUAUUGGGUAAUGAGGAGAUAUCUUGCUUCCUGCUGCAGAACGGGGCGGGGUUUUCCUCAUACACCCUGAUGGACCACCCAGCCUUCAGCAAACACCUCCUUAGACUCAAACUACAGGAAACCACGAACACAGAAGGAGACAAGGCUGUGUCUGUGUGCUGGAGCGGUCUGCAGCUGCCCUGGUUGGAGCUCGAUUGGUUCAUGGAUGUCUCCUCAUGUAUCGCCCACCUAGAUCUGUCCUCCAACAGCCUUGGGGCUUUGCCCUCCGUAGUGCCCUGGGGUCUCAUCGGCCUGCAGACUCUAGAUCUUUCCAGCAAUCUUCUGAAGGAGCUGCCAGCUGCUGCCAGCUCCCAGCAGGUCCUCUGCUCCAGGUUACAGCACAUCAAUCUCUCCCAGAACCAGCUCAGCAGUCUGCCGCCCGGACUCCUCCAUCUGACCCACAUCCAGAGAAUUUCUGCUGCUAAGAACCAGCUCACAGACCUGUUUGACAUUCCUUCCACCACUAACUGGAUUGGUCUGCGUAAGCUGGAGGAGCUGGAUGUGUCUGAUAAUUGUCUCAGCAGCCUGCCCACAGCAGUCAUGCACUGUCUGAAGUCCCUGAUCCUGCUCAAUGUGUGCAGGAACAAACUGAGCAGCUUCCCGGAGCCCUGGGCCUGUCCUCUGAAGCAAUGCAACACUUCCUCCAAUGUCAUUGAGAAUCUUCCAAACACCAUCUCCAUGUCCUGGAGGACGCAGCUGCAGGAGGUGGACUUCUCUGACAACAGCCUGAAGGAGUUGCCCUCAUAUCUCUUUGAACUGGAGGCUCUAGUGUCGUUGAGAUUGUGUGGGAAUCACAUUGACACACUCCCUGCCCCCAGUAAGUGGAAGUGCUCUAAGCUCAGGACCCUGGAUCUAUCCAGGAACCAGCUGGGCAGAACAGAGGAGGGGCCCAAAUCCAGGAAGCUGGCCUUCCUGACAACCUGGAACAGGAGGGACCCAGAGCCAGUGUGUUCCAUAGAGUUUCCCAUGAUUCUGCGGGACUCACUGGAAGUGCUUUUCUUGAAUGAUAACCAGCUGGAGUGUGUUCCCCAGUCAGUGUGUGGUCUGCACAGCCUCACUGAGCUCUACCUCUCCAACUCUAAACUACUCGCCAAGUGGCAAGGACCCUUCGUGGUCACACGACGAGUGGGGGACGUAGAUUAUGAGGUGGUGCGUUCUGACAGGGGGGGAGCAACACAGAUUUACCACCUUAACCUCCUGAAAGCAUGGAGGGAGGUGGCGUCGGUUUCUCUGGCCACCACGGUGAUUGAGAGAGAUGAGUUGGGACCGGAGGUCAUUAAAAGCAACAAAGUAGCCCCGGUCUGUUGUGGCGACAAUCUCUCACCGGGCCAGAGAGCAGACGUUGCUUCGUUGCAAAGGCAGUUUGCCGACGUGUUCUCUACGCUGCCAGGGCGCACCUCUCUCAUACACCACCGCAUAGAAACGCCCCCGGGCGUGGCCAUUCGUUCACGGCCCUAUCGGCUGCCUGAACACAGGAGGAAAAUUGUUCAGGCGGAGCUUCAGGCUAUGCUAGAGAUGGGAGUGAUAGAAGAGUCCACCAGUGACUGGUGUUGCCCCGUCGUGCUGGUACGUAAGUCCGACGGGUCAAUCCGGUUCUGUGUGGACUACCGCAGGGUGAACGAGGUGUCCAAAUUUGAUGCUUAUCCAAUGCCCCGGGUCGACGAACUCCUGGAUCGGCUAGGCACUGCUCGCUUUUACACGACGCUGGAUUUAACCAAAGGCUAUUGGCAGAUUCCCCUUUCUCCAGAGUCUAAGGAAAAAACGGCCUUCUCCACUCCGUAUGGUUUAUACCAAUUCAUCACACUUCCUUUCGGGUUGUUCGGAGCUCCAGCCACCUUCCAGCGGCUCAUGGACCGGGUGCUGCGUCCCCACUCUGCAUAUGCUGCUGCUUACUUGGAUGAUGUCAUCAUUCACAGUGAGACAUGGGAGCAGCAUAUGCAGCAGGUGGGGGCGGUGCUCGAGUCCCUGAGGCAGGCGGGGCUCACGGCCAACCCGAAGAAGUGUGCGGUUGGACGGAGGGAGGUACGGUAUCUGGGGUACCACUUGGGCGGCGGGCAGGUGCGGCCACAGAUAGAGAAAACAACCGCCAUUUCAGCCUGUCUGGCGCCCAAGACGAAAAAAGAGGUCAGGAGGUUCAUGGGGCUGGCCGGCUACUACAGGCGGUUCAUCCCGUCCUUUUCGGAGCUGACCAGUCCCCUGACCGACCUGACCCGAAAGGGUGCUUCAGAUCCGGUCCAGUGGACGGAGCGGUGUCAGCUGGCGUUUGAGAGGACCGACGCCUCGAACAGUGGGGUGGGGGCCGUUUUGUCCCAGCACGUAGAGGGGGUCGACCGCCCCGUACUGUACAUUAGCCGUAAGCUCGCCCAGAGGGAGGUGAACUACAGUACGGUGGAAAAGGAGUGCCUCGCCAUACGGUGGGCGGUCGGCGCCCUGCGGUACUACCUCCUGGGGCGCCCUUUCACCCUCUGGCCGGGUAACCGGAUGGUCGUGGAUGAUUUCCUCUCUCGCUCGGUGGAGGGGGGAGUUAGAUUGAGGCCGGCGGGAUCCCGGCCUGAGUCAGGCGGUGGGGGUAUGUGGCAGCGGGGUGUGGUAGGGCGCCGGCUGCUGGAGUGA